AAUUGGCUUCUUCUUUUUCUCAUCACUCGGGUGGCGUGCUUUGGCUUCCCUUCCCCCUCUUCUUAGCAAAUGUUUCAAUAUUCCAAGGCCAUGUUGCUUAAUUUAGUUCUUGUUUCCUUUGUCCUCUUGAGUUCUAUCAGAGAUGGGAGUGCAGGGAUCACCAGCUCUUUCGUUCGGCCACAGUGGCCAGGAGUUGACAUUCCCGUGGAUCAUGAAGUAUUUGCAGUUCCAAAGGGUUAUAAUGCACCUCAACAAGUGCACAUCACGCAAGGUGACUAUGAUGGAAAAGCAGUAAUAGUCUCAUGGGUGACCCCAGAUGAACCAGGGACUCGCCAUGUGCAAUAUGGCACAUCAAAGGAUAAGUUUAAAACUAGUGCAGAAGGCACAGUUGCAAACUACACUUUCUAUAACUACAAGUCUGGCUACAUUCAUCAUUGUCUUAUUGAAGGCCUUGAGUAUAAGACAAAAUACUACUAUAGAAUUGGAAGUGGUGAUUCUGCUCGAGACUUUUGGUUCGAAACACCUCCUAAAGUUGGGCCAGAUACUCCCUACAAAUUUGGGAUCAUUGGUGAUUUGGGGCAAACGUUUAAUUCUCUUUCGACCCUUGAGCAUUAUUUGGAGAGUGGAGGAGAGGCUGUGUUAUAUGUUGGAGAUCUUUCUUAUUCUGAUGAACAUGACUACAAAGAUAUGGGUUUACGGUGGGAUACAUGGGGCCGAUUUGCUGAAAGGAGUGCAGCAUAUCAGCCAUGGAUGUGGAAUGUGGGAAACCACGAAGUAGAGUUUUUGCCUGAAGUGGGAGAAGUUGAACCUUUCAAAAACUAUCUUUACCGAUAUACUACUCCCUAUUCGGCUUCCAAAAGCACCAGCCCCCUCUGGUAUGCAGUCAGGCGUGCCUCUGCUCAUAUCAUUGUGCUAUCAAGCUAUUCUCCAUUUGUGAAGUACACGCCUCAAUACAUAUGGCUUAAAGAAGAGCUGGCGCGGGUUGAUAGAAAGAAGACACCUUGGCUCAUUGUGCUCGUGCACAAGCCACUCUACAGCAGCAACGUAGCUCACUACAUGGAGGGUGAAGCCAUGCGAUCAGUUUUUGAGACAUGGUUCGUCCAAUACAAAGUUGAUGUCAUCUUUGCCGGCCAUGUCCAUGCUUAUGAAAGAUCAUAUCGAUACUCCAAUAUAGACUACAACAUAACUGGCGGUAGAAGGUAUCCCAUACCUGACAAAUCAGCACCUAUUUACAUAACAAUCGGAGAUGGAGGAAAUCUAGAAGGUCUUGCCUCAAGUUAUUUGGAUCCACAGCCAGAAUAUUCUGCAUUCAGAGAAGCGAGCUAUGGACACGCCACACUGGAGAUAAAAAACAGGACCCAUGCUAUCUACCACUGGUAUCGCAAUGAUGACGGAAAGAAAGUCCCAGCUGACUCUCUCGUAUUGCAUAACCAGUAUUGGGGAAGCAAUGGAAGAAAACAGAAUGAGGUUAUUGAUGAAGUUGUCAAUGUUAAAUGAAGUUGGAGCACUCUAAAUCGUAAAUAUGGUGUUUUGAAAAGAAUAAAAAUGUGCCUAUAUAUUGUAAUGUAUGUAGUUCAAUAGUCUCCGAGCGUGCGAAAAGGUUCCAUUCCAUGUACUUGGCUUGUAUUAUACAGCUAGCGCUAAGAAAUAUUAAAUAAACGCGCUUUUAGCAAGGAGAAAACAAUCGAGACCAAGAUAUUAUCUGUUCACAUCUGUGUAUAAUUUUUGAAGCGUGGAUUAUUUUGCUGCUAUUUGAGUGGUUUAGUGGGUAUUAUUAUAUCAUGUCAACCUUCAGCAAAAAUAAUAAUAAUAAAUUAUAUAUAUCAUGUCAA